AUGGUCAAGCUCGUGCGCGCCCUCGACUUCCCUCGAUCUGAAGUCUACUACGAUAUCAUGGAGAAGAUGAAUUUCAAGGUCGCGUACACCCUUCGUGCGAAGAGGGUGGAGAGGUGGAUCCGCACCGUCAAGAGGGAUUUCCUCGACGCCACGGAAAUCAAGGUCGUGGGCUUGGACUGCAACUUCGCCGACCCUCGCAAGGGUAACCAACGCGCCGCCGUCCUGCAACUCUCCGUCGUGCAAUAUACUUUGGUCUUCCAUAUUGUGCAUGCCGAUGAAGUGCCAGAACUUCUCAUCGAUUUCCUUGCGGACAAGAACAUAAGAUUUUGUGGUGCGGUAGUCCACAAUGAUGUGUAUAUGUUGCAGACCUACGAAAUUAUUAUUCCGUCUGCGAUCAACCUCCAGCAGAUCCUCCAGAACCCCGUCCCAUGA